AUCAGAAUGGAGGUGGAGUGGCCGGGGACGGGGAGUGCCAGCCAAGGCGAGGCCCGUGCUAGCUGCCAUGACAUGAGCGCACACAGCACAAUUGUCUUGCCUGAAACGAUACGGGGAGUGGUUCGGAGCAGUUGGGUGUGCUGGUGUGUGUUGGAACGGUUGUCCCUCCGGCCUGGGGGGGUCCUCUUGCUUGCUGCUAUAUGAUCCCCACGCCUCCCGCGCCACUCUAACCACCGCAUCCACUCUCGUCCCGUCCCGUAUCUACCUACCUGCUCUCUCGUCUUCUGCUCACACGCUGACGCGCACGCUCCGAGUCCGAGCUAAGCUAGCUAGCUAGCUACUUCCGGCGCGGCACAGCCACAGCUGUUUAGGUAGUAGCUAGACGUACGUACGUACGCACACCACGAUGACGAAGGCGUGGAGGCCGAUGCUGGCGUCGGCCACCAAGUGCUGCGCGGCGGAGGACGCGGCGGUGGCCCCCGACGGCCUGGCGCGGUGCCGGCCGCAGCAGUCGGAGCUCUCGCGGCGGCUGGCGUCCUUCAGGCGCCUGUCGUCGCUGGCCAACAGCCCGGCGUCGGCGGCGGGCACGGACAAGGACGGCGGCAGCGUCAAGCAGGCCGGGGAGAUGGCGGGCCCGCUGCAGCUGCACUCCUUCGGCCUAGGCGAGCUCCGCGGCGUCACGCACGACUUCGCCAGCAGCUUCCUGCUCGGAGAGGGCGGCUUCGGCGCCGUGUACAAGGGCUUCGUGGACGCCGGCAUGCGCCCGGGCCUCGCCGCCCAGCCCGUCGCCGUAAAGCAGCUCAACGCCGCGGGCUUCCAGGGCCACCGGGAGUGGCUCGCCGAGGUCAUCUUCCUGGGCCAGUUCCGCCACUCGCACCUCGUCCGCCUGCUGGGGUACUGCUGCGAGGACGAGGAGCGCCUGCUCGUCUACGAGUUCAUGCCGCGCGGGAGCCUCGAGAACCACCUCUUCAGGAGUAGGUAUCCCUGGCCAACGCCUCGCUCUCCAAUCCAUCGAGGAGCCUUGCUCACCAGCUGUGUGCAUGCAGGGAUCUCGGCGACGCUACCGUGGGGCACCCGGCUCAAGGUGGCCAUCGGCGCCGCCAAGGGUCUGGCCUUCCUCCACGCCGCCAGCACGCCCGUCAUCUACAGGGACUUCAAGGCCUCCAACAUCCUGCUCGACUCGGACUUCACCGCCAAGCUGUCGGACUUCGGGCUGGCCAAGAUGGGGCCCGAGGGCGAGGACACGCACGUGACGACGCGCGUGAUGGGCACCCACGGCUACGCGGCGCCGGAGUACGUGCAGACGGGCCACCUGAACGUGAAGAGCGACGUGUACAGCUUCGGCGUCGUGCUCCUGGAGCUCCUCACGGGGCGGCGCGCCAUGGAGCACGUCCGCGGGCGCAGCGCACACGCCGACCAGCAGCUGAAGCUCGUGGACUGGACCCGCCCCUACCUCAGCGGCGGCAGCCGCCGCCUGCGCUGCAUCAUGGACCAGAGGCUGGCGGGCCACUACUCCGUCAAGGGCGCGCGCGCCGUGGCGCAGCUGGCCGUGCAGUGCACCGCGCAGCAGCCGCGGGACAGGCCGCGCAUGGUGGCCGUCGUCGACGCGCUCGACAAGCUGCAGGGGCUCAAGGACAUGGCCGUCACCGUCGGCCUCUGGCCCGCCACCGCGCCCGUCGCCGGACGGAACGCCAUCUCCGCCAAGAUCCGCGCGGAGGUCAAGGGCGCCGCCGGCGCAGGGUCGCGCCGGAGGAGCGCGUCCUCCAAGCUGCCUUAGUAAUCUUGACGGCUGGACCACCUGCGUGCCACGUCGUACAUGUCCCCUAGCUAGCUCGUGUGUACCCCGGGUGUAGGAAUCGUCUUGUGUGUUUUGUGCCACGUCGUCGGUGUGUGUAUAUAGUACAUACUACUGUACCGUCUAGUUUAGGCGCGUUGAGAUUGGUGAGGCAGAGAGAUGUUCCUCCAUGCACUCACUAGUACGUACGAUCCAUACCUAUUGCUCCUGGAUUCAUGAGAUCGUUAAUAGAGGUGAUGUAAAACUUUGCAAAGUACACAUGAAUUUGAAUUUUGAUGAUCGGUUGACGAA